AUGUCUGGCUCUUCUUCGAGCUCCGAGUCUUCUCAGCAAAACGACGGCCAGCAGCGGCGAGGACAAUGCCAACAGCCGCGCACCAGCGUGAGCGAGCGCGGCAGCACCAAGACGAACUCGAGUGCCGACAACAACAACAACAACGAGGGAGAUGAUAUCUGUCCAGACCCACGCCUUGCCGUGUCGGCGGCGGCAGCGGCAGCCGAAGCGCUGGAUCGCGAUCCGGCCACUGGUGCCAAAGCAACAGCCAGCACGAGCGCAAACAAAGCCGUCCCAGACUACCAGCGUCUGGUCAAGCGCUACCGUGUUGAGGUGGCCGCCUCGGCAUCGAGCGUGCUGUCGAGCUUCACGACCUUCCCGCUCGACAGUGUCAAGACCAGAAUGCAGACCUACCGGUAUGCCGGGUUCAUGGACUGUGUGAGACACACAUAUCACACCGAGCACUUGAGGGGUUUCUUUCGAGGAGUCACUGCGCCCAUGGCGAGUAUUACUCUCGUGCGGACUACGUCUUUCUCGAUCUAUCAGCGCUGCAAAUACGUCUACUGCGACUGGGUUAAGCGCAACUUUGGGUACGACGUCAUGGCCCACGUCUGCCAAGGAGGGACGUAUCCCAAUCUCUGGUCUGUCGCUACGUUUGGAGCCGCCGGGGCGACGGCGGGGUCUUGUAUAACAGUCAUAGCCUGCCCCUUCGAGUUGACCAAGCUCAGCGCUCAAGUGUCUGUUCUGAUGGCGGACAAGUCAAAGUGUCCGAAGCCAGAAAGCUAUGCGAUUGCCGCGAGUUACCAGAACAAGGGAACCCUGAAGACCCUAGCCAACAUUAUCAAGCAUAGGGGAUUUGGCGGACUGUAUACGGGUUUCAGGUUCCAUUUCAUGCGUGACACCCUCGGGACGGCAACCUAUUUCAUGACCUACGAAAGCAGCAAGCAGCUUUUGACGACCUUCGGCGGUGACGGCACCCAUUCCAAUCCGCUUGCCGUCCUGGUAGCAGGCGGGCUGUGCGGCAUCGUGUCGUGGGCCCUGAUUUACCCGGUCGACUCAGCCAAAUCGAUCUACCAGCGCAACUCGCUCAUGUACUCGAAAGGCGAGAAGGUCGAGCCCGUCAAGAUCCAGUUCUUCCAGCGCAACAUGUACCGCGGCCUGGGCGUGUCUAUGGCGCGGUCCUGCGCGGUCAAUGCCGUCUUCUUCUCGUCGUUCGAGUUCCUGAAGAAGCGCAUCAAGGCUUGGGAUGGUUGA